UUCUUUUCUCAACUUGAAAUCAUGAUAUAUUUCUUUUCUUUUUAAGUUGGGUUUUUCCAGACCAAUUAGAAUGAUUUUUUAGCCUUUUUAAAAAUAAUUCUCUUGUUGAUUAGUCGAUCUAUCUCUCUAAAGUUUUCCUUUUUCCAUGAAGAUAAUGUUCAGUCCCCACUAAGAUUUUAAUUUUCUGCUGCUUUCAAGAUCUUUCAUAUGUUGUUCUUGAAAGUAGUACUCCACUUUUAUUUGAUGUCCUUUUUUUUUUUCCCCCUCUUUUUCCAACUAUCUAAUAAAGGACUUAGAAAAGGAAUAGAGCUAGUUAAUGAUCCUAUGGAAAGUUCAAGGUCUUUAAUGGAGAAAAGAGCAAGACCACAGAAAGAUCAAGCUUUGAACUGUCCAAGGUGCAAUUCAACCAACACCAAAUUUUGUUACUACAAUAACUACAGUCUUUCUCAGCCAAGAUAUUUCUGCAAGACUUGUAGAAGGUACUGGACUGAAGGUGGAUCUCUAAGAAAUGUUCCUGUUGGCGGAGGAUCAAGAAAGAACAAAAGAUCUUCAUCUUUAUCAACAUCACCAGCUAUAUCAAAGAAACUUGCUGAUUUGACCCCACCAAAUUUCCCUCAGUCUGCUUCUCAAAACCCUAAGAUCCAUCAGGGUCAGGAUCUCAACCUUGCUUAUCCUCCAAGUCAUCAUCAGGAUUGUAAAAACACUAUUAAUAACUCAGAGUCUAAUGCAAAGGGGUUCACUACCUUCAUGCCUAAUAUUCCAGCUAAUUCAGAGUCUAAUGCAAUAUUCCCAACUGGGUUUCCAUUGCAAGAAUUUAAACCAAGCCUCAAUUUUUCACUUGAAGGGUUUGAAAGUAGUGGUUAUGGAAAUUUUGAAGCAACUGGUGCAAGACUUUUGUUUCCUGUGGAGGGCAUAAAGCAGCAGGUUGAGCUGAAUAGACGGCAAGGGGAUCAUCAGUCCGCUGGGUACUGGACUGAAAUGUUGGGUGGAGGCUCAUGGUGAAAUGAACAGUAAAGAAGUGAAUGAACAUGAAGUAGGUGUUUUAAUUUGAUUUAUAUUUUGUAUUUUUCUUUCUCAUUUCACAUUAUGAGUGACUACGUAAGUGUUGAUGAUCAUAAAGUAUAAACUAACACAUAGGUUUACAUCCA